AAUCAUGAUAAUUUUAAGCUGCCUCUGCACAUGAAACUGGGAUAAGAGAAAAAAAUAUUAAUUCAGCCUAUGGAAGAAGGUGACUUUUAUACAUUAAUACAACAUGUUGCUUAGAGGAGGUUUGGAAAUCACAAAAAGGUGCCUGGCAAAAGCCCUGAGCAUGUGUUGGUGAAAAGUCAAUUAGAUUAUUACAGCCAUCAAUCACCUCAUUGCUUGAGAGUAAAUCUGGUUUUCAGGAGGGCUUCUCUUUCUUUUGGUGAACACAAAAGAAGAUCUUUUGAAGUCAGUGGUUACUAAAAACAGUUUGGUUACCAACGUUCUUCAGAAUAUCUUCGUUGUUUAAAAGAAGAAUGAAGUUCAAUACAGGUUUGGAACAACUUAAGGGUGAGUAAAUGAUUAAAAUAUUCAUUUUGGGUUGAACUGUCCCUUUAAGUUGGGAAUAUUUUAGGUUGUUGGUUAUUAUAAAAGACAACAUGCUUGCAAUGCACUAGCUACAAUGACAAUUCGCCAGCCAUUUCAAGGUUUUUAACGUCAUGGGACGUUAUUGUGAAGCAGUAAUUUUCCAUUGCUACUGCUUGAGUAGUAUAAGAAAACCUGUUGGCUUUUUGCUGGUCAGACGUAUUGAAACAUACGCAACAAAGAUUAUUCAAUAAACUCGACUCCUUUUUUUUAUCUUCAUGAUCUAACACAAUCAAUUGAGGACAUGAAGAUGAAGAGAACACAAGAAAUCAGAGAAAAUAUGAUAAAUGCAGAAGAAGAGAAACUUUGGGACAAAGCAGAGCAUUUUGAAGAAAUAAAAGCAGAUAGAAAAUUGCCAGAAGAGUACUAUCAUGGGCUUGAGGAUCUACCCUGGAAUCUGAACUCACUGGAGCAGUUACUGUAUAUCAGCCUGCCAACAUGGAUACAAAGAGCUUUGCUUUGCAACUUAGCGGAGCAUUUUGGCAUCUGGACAUGUCAUGACAACACCCUGCCAUGUCGUCUCAUAUCCUACACCCUACUGCCAUUCACUUUGCCUGCAACAUCUGUCAUCUCAUUCAUCUAUAGAUUUUUGUGCUGGAUGAAGAAAAUUCCCCUGCUGGCUCUGAAUGCAGGCAGGGAAUUCAAACAGGAAGUAAUCACACAUCUGCGGUUAGUCUUUGCACACUUGAGAAGACUUAUGCUGAACAGGUAAAACUAGGAAAGCAAAGUUUUGCAUACAUAAUGGACCUUUUAAUAAAAAUGAAAUGAUUUUAGCAGCCCAUUUAACUUCAUUUAUGACUUGACAUCAUUUAUGAAUUAAAAACAAUGUGAAUGCAUAUUUAGAUUGUAGAUUUUGAAUUUAAUACCAUUAUUAGAUGUUCCUGAAUUUUUCCAGAUUCCUGCUUUUGCAAAUUCUACCUUUGGUCUCCAUUUUUUCUUGGAUUCUUGCACCCUGGUCCUGUUUGCCAUCUCUUCCUUUUACUUUCCUUCCCUGUUUCUCUUUUCCUUUACUUUCUCGUGCUUUGCGUUUCCUGCCACGCCGUCUCUCCACUUCAACCUCAAAGAAGCAGCCGGAGUGCAGGAGCCAGACUCAGCCUCUCUCGUCUAGACGGCGAUCUCUCCUCUGCUUCCAGCUCUCUGGAUCCAGCAGUUUCUGCAAAAAGACAGAUAGCAUCCUUACAGAUGCAGAGGCACAAUCUUCAGCCUUCCUCUUGCAGCUCAACGUGGAAUUAGAAAUGGACAGCCAUCCUGAACCACUACAGCUUCAGAAGGACGCACUAGACUGUGAGGGAAGUUUAUUACUAAACACAGAAGUAGAUGAGAAUCUCUCAUCUCCUUUUAUUUCUUACAUGGAUGUAGAAGAGGAAGACUGAACGAUAAUGCAGUCAAAAGUCUCUACUGUAGAAUAGUAGAAUAUUUGGGCAAUACUCUGAAUACGGCAAUGUUUACUAGGUACAUAUCAGUGUUGUUGUAAUAAUUACUUGGAAAUUGAAAUUGAGCCGAAAUAAAAUAUGAAUAUUAGAUGUAUUGCUUUGGGAAUGAACUGAAAAUCAGUUGAAGUAUUUAAGUUACUAAAAUUAAAUCUAAUAAUAAUAAUAAAAACAAAACCAAUAAAAAAAUGUAAAUCACAUAAUGACAAAUGUAGAAUUUAGUAAACAUGUAAUAAUAAACAUGCCACAGUGAUAUUCUGUUUUAUGUAAUUCUGUAAUAAUCUAAUAAAUGCAUUAUCAAGUUGAA